AUGACCCUCGAUAUAGGCAACGAUCCGCUGCUGUGCAAGGUAUUCCCUGCCAGUCUACAAGGACAGGCCCUCUCAUGGUUUCAUCGCCUACCUCCUAACUCGGUGGACAACUUCAGAGACCUUUCAGAAGCUUUCGUAGGACAAUACCUGUGCUCCGCUCGGCAUAAACAGAACAUCAGCGCCUUGCAAAAUAUAAAAAUGAAGGAUAAUGAAUCCUUGAGGGAAUUCGUGAAACGAUUUGGCCAAGCCGUCCUACAAGUGGAAGCUUGCAGCAUGGACGCUGUCCUACAGAUCUUCAAGCGAAGCAUUUGUCCAGGCACUCCAUUUUUUGAAUCACUAGCUAAGAAACCUCCCGUGACGAUGGACGAUUUGUUUCGACGCGCGAACAAAUAUUCCAUGCUUGAGGAUGACGUACGGGUAGCCACCCAGCAAGUAUUGGUUGCCGGACAGCCAUGCAAAGGGAAUAUAGAAGGAAGCGUUAAACUUCCGGACAGGCCAAGGCCAUCCGAUCGAAGGCAAGAAGGGCCAGGCCGCCCGGAGAUGCCACCCCUCACACCACUCUCUAUAACUUAUUAG